UUUUGGGGAACUGGUCCCCGCCCCCCCAGGCCAAGUACUUCCUCCUCCUCCUCCUCCUCCUCCUCCUCCGCACCCGCUCCCCCUUCCCUCUUUCUCUUUCUCGGGGCAGGGCCGACGUUUCCCGGCACGGCACCGCACCGAGGCCCCCUCUUCAGAGCCGCCCCCCCAGCCCCGGCCCCCCCGGGGUGCAGCCUGCCCCCAGCACCAUGUCGCUGGCCGAGGCCAUCGGGCUCUGGGACGAGGGGGUGCGGGCGGCCGACAGGAAGGAGUGGCGGGGGGCGCUGGCCGCAUUCCUGGCCGUACAGGACCCCCACGCCCGCCUCUGCUUCAACAUCGGCUGCGUCUACAGCAUCCUGGGGGAUGUCCCCGAGGCCGAGAAGGCCCUGACCCAGAGCAUCACGCUGGACAAGCACCUGGCCGUGGCCUACUUCCGGCGGGGGCUGCUCUACCACGGCACGGGCAACUAUGACUCGGCUCUGAAAGACUUUCGGGAGGCGCUGGGCCAGCUCCGGGGCAACCAGCUGAUCGACUACAAGAUCCUGGGGCUGCCGUUCAAGCUGUUCGCCUGCGAGGUGCUGUACAACAUCGCCUCGGUGCACGCCAGGCGGGACGAGUGGAAGAAGGCGGAGGAGCAGCUGUCUCAGGCCGCCAGCUCCUGCCAGGCCGAGCCCAGGAAGGCCAAGAUCCAGCGGGCCCUGGACUGCGUCUGGAAGCAGAAGCUGUUCGAGCCCGUGGCCAUCCCCGCGGACAGGCUGUUCCGGCCCAAUGAGCGGCAGGUGGCCCAGCUGGCCAAGAAGGAUUACCUGGGCAAGGCCACGGUGGUGGCGUCCGUGGUGGACCGGGACAGCUUCUCCGGGUUCGCACCCCUGCAACCCCAGGCACAAGAGCCCCCGCCUAGACCCAAGACCCCCGAGAUCUUCAGGGCGCUGGAGGGGGAAGCCCACCGCGUGCUGUUCGGGUUCGUGCCCAAGACCCCCGAGGAGCUGCAGGUCAUGCCCGGGAACAUCGUGUUCGUGCUGAAGAAGGGCAGCGACAACUGGGCCACGGUGCUCUUCAACGGGCAGAAGGGGCUGGUGCCCUGCAACUACCUGGAGCCCGUGGAGCUGCGAAUCCAGCCUCAGCAGCAGCUGCAGGACGAAGCUGCCGACGAUGACAUCCCAGCUCCCCCCACGUCCCGAGCCCCCGGGAGACCCCCCUCAUCACCAGGUGGGGGCGCAGGAGGACCCCAGGAGGUCCGGCUGCGGGUGCCCGACCUGUACACCCUGAAGGUCCACCACCGGUUCACGGUGGCCCUGGAGACGCGGCCCGAGGUGCCCUACGGCCAGCUGCGCGCGGCCGUGGCCAAGAAGCUGCGCCUGCCGCCCCAGCACACCAGCCUCAGCUACCGGGCUCAGGACAGCGGGGAGCUGCUGCCCCUCUCCCAGGAGAGCAUGAAGGCCGCCUGGGCCAGCGCCAGGGACUGCAGCCUCACGCUGUGGUGCGAGAGCACUGUGGGGGACCAGGGGGUCCCGGAGGAGCCGGAAGGGCGGGAAGACGCGGGGCCCGCCCCACCCGCGGAAGACGAGCUGAUGGAGGGCAGCCAGGUGGUGGCGCUCUUCAGCUACCAGGCCACACAGCCCGAGGACUUGGAGUUCCAGGAAGGGGACGUCAUCCUGGUGCUGUCCCUGGUGAACCAGGAGUGGCUGGAGGGCGAGUGCCAGGGCAAGGUGGGCAUCUUCCCCAGGGCCUUCGUGUGGGGGCCGGCAGCCGCCCAGGGCAGCCCGCGGAGCUGACGGUGGCCACGCGGGAAGGUCCUCCCCGGAUCGUCGGUGACACCGCGGGGGGCGGUGGGUGUCGGGGUGCUGAGGGCGUCUCCCGCCGCUGUUGGCGUGAUGCCUCAAUAAA